UAAUUAGAAUUAAACCAUUAUUACUGCUCCUAAAAAAUGUGUGCUUUUGCCCACUAGUAAAGCAAUCGCAACUCCGGUCGGUACGGUCCUCUGUCUCCCUCUCUCUCUCUCUCUCUCUCUCUCUCUCUCUCUCUCUCGCUCGCUCUCGAAAAUUGUUGCAUUUUCUUCUUCUUCAUCUUCUGCAACACGUCUCCUCCAAGAAUUUGAGAAAAUACUCUUUAUUAAGUGUUUUCUUCCCUUGCCCUCUCUGCCUGCGGAAUCUCUUCCUGUCAGUGAUUGGAUCUGAUUCACUUCGAAGAUUGAACCAAUGUUCGAAUUUCCCGAUUGUGAAAUCAAAAAUUUGUUUUGAAUCUUACCAUCAUUUGAUACUUCAAGCUGAACUUUCCUCUGCUGCAAGUUCUUCAAAACCCUCCAAAUUGUAGCUUUUACUCCUUUGUACCUCGGGUUAUUGCGAUUCUUGCAGGAAGUAUUUUGGGGUUUUCGCACUGUUAAUUGGGCUCUUGAUAUGCUGCUUCUGCGCGUUUUGAUGAAAUCCUCGUGCAUGCUGUACGCUUUUUCUUCGGGAAAAUUUUGAACUUUCUAACUUCAAUGUUAUUUAUAUAUUGGAAGAAGCGGCUGCGGCUCUGUUACCCAAGCUUUUUGCUCAUCUUUGGGCCUCUGCUCCUCAGAAGUCAAGGGGGUUUUGGUUCUGUUUUAAACUUUUCCGGAGCCCUCAGUUAAUUCAAGUAGUUGGGGUGUUUUCUCCCUUCUCCCAGAGAGAGAAGGAACUGUACGAAAUCUGGAACUCGAAGAAUUCAUGAGCAUGAGGAAGAAUGUUAAUUCCCACCCAGGAAGGGUUUUGAGUGAUAGAAGGUGGAUUCUUCCAUUUUUCGCUAGCUUGCUGGUAUCCAUCACUCUAUUUUUAGCUACUGUUUUUGGGCUACUUUCGUCUCCCUACUCUUAUCAUGGAGAUCAAUUACAGUUUGACAUUAUUUCAUUUGCAAGAUCGGAAGACUCCAGUGGUUAUUUCGUGGAGUCAGAUAUAAAGAGAUCGCAUGAUGACAGGAAAAACGGGGCUCCAAAAAGAGAAGCACCUAGAUUAGCUUAUCUUAUUUCUGGGACAAAAGGUGAUAGCCAAAGAAUGAUGAGGACAUUGCAGGCUGUGUAUCAUCCGAGAAAUCAAUAUAUUUUACAUUUGGACCUUGAGGCUCCGCCUCGAGAAAGGUUAGAUUUGGCAAUAUCAGUGAAAAAUGAUCCCACAUUCCGAGAAGUGGAGAAUGUGCGAGUUAUGUCCCAAUCCAAUUUGGUUACAUACAAAGGUCCUACAAUGAUUGCUUGUACUCUGCAAGCAAUUGCAAUCUUGUUGAAGGAGAGCUUGGACUGGAGCUGGUUCAUAAACCUCAGUGCUUCGGAUUAUCCUCUCGUGACACAAGAUGAUAUGCUUCAUGUUCUGUCUAAUUUGUCCAGGAAUCUCAAUUUUAUUGAACAUACACAGCUUACUGGUUGGAAAUUGAAUCAAAGAGCAAAGCCAAUAAUCAUUGAUCCAGGCCUUUACUUGAAUAAAAAAUCUGACAUAUUUUGGACUACUCAAAGGCGCUCCAUCCCCACCUCUUUUAAGUUGUUUACUGGUUCGGCAUGGAUGAUGUUAACACGGUCCUUUGUUGAAUACUGUAUUUGGGGUUGGGAUAACCUCCCUCGAACUAUCCUGAUGUACUACACAAAUUUCGUAUCCUCCCCAGAAGGCUAUUUCCAUACGAUUAUUUGUAACAGUGAGGAGUUCCAUGACACCGCAAUAAGCCAUGAUCUCCACUACAUUGCUUGGGACAAUCCUCCCAAGCAGCACCCUCUCUCUUUAACUGUCAAAGAUUUUGACAAAAUGGUCAAAAGUGGGGCUCCAUUUGCUCGAAAAUUUGCAAAGAAUGACCCUGUUUUGGACAAGAUCGAUAAACAACUCCUAGGCCGUGGUACCAGGUUUGCUCCCGGGGCAUGGUGUGUAGGGAGUUCAGACGGUGGGGCUGAUCCUUGUUCCUUCCGGGGCGAUGAUUCGGUCUUUAGGCCAGGACCAGGUGCUGAGAGAUUCCAAGAGCUGCUUCAGAAGCUGUUGUCUGAAGAUUUUCAGAGCAAACGGUGUUCAUAGAGGUGAGGAUUGGAUUACCCCAAGUGUACAUUGGAUUGUUCAUAGAUUUUACUGUUGAUGUACACAAUGGAAUUUUUUUUUUGUUAAAUAUUAAAUGAAUGUUUGAGCUGUAAACAGUGCCCACAAUACAUUUCUUUUCUUGCUCGUUUGAUCAGUCUGUGUUGGUAGGGUUGGCUUUUUAGUGCCAGCAGAGUUCAGAUGUUGUAGAGUCCAAGAAUUGUAGGAACAAAUACGGAGGCAUAAUAUGCGCAAUUUUAGCGUCUCCAUGAUUCCCUUGUUAUAUAAUAUGUCCUAUAUUUUUUAGGAAUCA